AUGUACAACGAGAAAUUCGAGAAGGAACCCCGCUACUACUACAAUGCCAAGCAGCGUCGAGAACGGAAACGGGAUGGUAUGGCGCACCAGAGCCACCGGGACGACCGAGACGACGAAGCCCUGUUCAGCGACGAACCGCUCGGUGCCGGACGGGUAGAAACCGCAGAUAGUCUACUCGUGGGGGCUCAAGAGGUGAACCGCCGCAACUGUCGACAUGUGCAACUUCCGGUGGCAGGACGUCUACUACCGUUCAUG